AUGGAAAGCGAUCCCUCCCUCCAAGAUCCCCUUCUUUCCCUUCGCCGCGCUAUUGCGGCCGGCAGUCUUCCCACGCCGAUGACUUCCUCCGACCCCUCAGAUCAAAAUGCUACCGACAACUUAGCUAAAGCCACAUACCUCUUCUUUCAGAAUCCGUCGCCACAAACCAUCCCAUUGAAUGCAUCAACGCGUUUCUUUUCAACCGCCUCCGACUCCGCUGUCGACCUCCGGAGUAUCUUCUUCGCUUGGCAAAAGAAAGAUGUCGCGAUUCCGGAUUACAUUGCCUCAGCACAGGAAUUGAAUGAGUCGCUAAAGCAGAAGGAACGCAAGGAAGGAGAGGAGGAAGAGCAAGUGCAAAACUUGGUUUUCGUCGAGCGCCUAGACCUUAUCACCUGGCUCGAAGGCGCCUCCGAUGAGAGUGAAUAUAUCAAACCCUUAGAGGGUGCAGCCGCUGCUGCUGCCUCCGCGGUGGAUCAGGCUCAAGCCUCAGCUAAUAUUGCUUCCGGUGCUGCUGGGGGUGUUUCUGCAGUCCCAAGCGGCGCGCCUGGUACCACCGCGCCCUCCGGGGGUGCUCAGCAAGGAAAGACCGCAAAGGUUGUUGAUCCUAGGUUACAGGAAAUCUACAACGGUGAACGGAAGAUGGGUGAUCGGAAUAGUGUUCUACGGGGAAUCAAACCAACUGAUUUCUCUCAUGUUCGCAAAACGGCCGAGACAUUUCUUGGUCGUAACCGCUCACGAACGGGUCAAUACCCCCCGGGCGCAAAGCCAGGAAGCAAGCCGCAGUCUCUCAUACCGGCGCCGUCUGCUGGCCUUCCUCAACCCCGGAAGGGCAGCUCCAAAACUCAGGAUCCGAUUAUUCUACUUUCACCCUCGGCUUCGUCUCUCAUCCGCAUGUCAAAUGUACGCUCGUUCCUCCAAGACGGUGUCUUUGUACCUCCCGACCACCCCACCCUCUCUAUGCCCAGUUCCAACAUUCUGUAUAUAUCUCGCCCGCUACGCAUUCUUUCGGACCCAUCCAACACAACAUCUCGUGCUGCCGGCUCCCAAACUGCAACCAGAAAACCAACUCGGUUCAUCCUCGUCGACAGCACAGCCAAUUUCAGACCAGACUACUGGAACCGACUCGUCGCUGUCUUCACAACCGGUCAAACCUGGCAAUUUAAGUCCUACAAGUGGUCCUCUCCACCAGAACUUUUCAAGCACGCAAGCGGCAUCCACGUCGGGUGGCGCGGCGAAGGGGUCCCGCGCGAAGUCCGCGGCUGGGGCCGUGGAGUCCAAAGCUUCUCCGUUGAACGGUGGGAUGAAAAGGGCGGCGUUAACGGUGCAGGACGGUGGCGAGAUCGCGAAGUAGUCGAGGGCAUCUGGACUGCGAUUGAAGAGGGCAUGAAACAAAGAGGUUGGGGCAACAAAUGA